AUGGGCUGCAGCAUUUACCUCCGGAAUCAUUGUGACACUGUCCAGUAUUGUCGCUCCAUGCUGCCGCAGAACAUCACGGAGGCUGCUAGUCUCGCAGAGGGGCAAAGGCGUCCAGCGUUGACCUUCGAGUUCAAGACGAGCCGAGGCCGCACCGGCGACGUGACCUUUCAGCAGUUCUUCCGAUCGACUAUCCGACUUCGCGAAUCAAUGAGCUUCGAGGAGGCGGCAAGGGUCCUCGAAGACGUGUCGCCGCCAUCAGCGGGAGUACGGCAUGCUCUGCGGGCGCUCUGGGAGGUUACCAAGAAGGCAAUGGCACAGCGCCUGCAGACGGACGAGGCCUACGCAUUGAGAUGCCCUUGGCUUCAGGACACCGGCGAGGCAUCUGAUGCUCGACGGCUGGUGGAGUUUUGGAUGACGCAGGUGAACGAGUGCAGUGGUCGCCUGAUUUCAGCCAGGCGCACGAGUGAGUUGCGGUGUCUCCACUGCUUUCCGUGCCCGGAUGGAAAUCACUUCUCCAGGCUCUCCAUGCUCUGCCGUGAUGCCACUUUCCGAGCCCUGCAGAGAGAAGGCCAUGAAAGCCUGAUCACCAAGCUUCACGAGUCUCCGAGCAGAUGCCGCGAGAACAUUGCCGGAGUCCUCAAACACGCACUGCGGCUUGCUGCAUCCCAGUCUGGCGCUGUGAGCCCGAUCCUCAUUUCUGUGCUUGCGACAAGCCUCGCGGAGUUCGUCAGUCUCAGCUCAGUCUUCACGCUGUUGCCUGGUAGGAUUUGCGCUUUCUCGUCAUCUUUUGUGCUGUCGCUCUGUGUCCACAGACUUCAGAGUCGGUUCGUCUCGCUAGCUCUUCGUUGCCGAGGCUGGAGCUCCGGCAACUUAGUCGCAUUGUGCACCAUGACGGAAAGCCAGAGGUGCAGGCCUGUCUUAACAUCCGGAGCCGCUGCAAUACAGCAAACAGGGGCAAAGCUAGUCACAUCACUGCGACAUUGUUUCGUCAGGUAG